GAGGGAACUGCUGGUUCCUACUGACUCACCACCAACACUAUUCCAUCAACAUGAAGCCAUUGUCACACCAUAGCAGCAGUGACACAGACAACCAUUAACAACAGAACAUUGGGACCAAGUCACAGUUUAUACAACAAAGGAUUUUACACAAUGAAGGUUUAAUUUUACAAACCACCUUUUUCCUGGACACUGUGUUAAUAUCAAGUUCAGAAAUGUUGCUAUUUCUCUGUGUUUUACUGACUUUCUUCCACUGUUAUCUAAGUGAAGAUAUCACAUACCAUGUUGAAGAAGAGAAUAGUCCCUACACCUAUGUAGGGGACAUUGCUACUGACUUACAGAAAUCAGACAGCUCCUUCUUAAAGAAUAAGGAUUUAAUUACAUUUAGUCAACUGCAACAAAAGGGAGAACAGUUGUUCAAUGUGACGAGAACAGGUAAACUGUACACUGUUGAGACAUUGGAUGCUGAGUCUGUGUGUAGUUAUGAGAAAGAAUGUUUUGAAAUCGUUAAAGUUGCUGUUCACAAAUCCAAGACAUUUAUGAAGAUCUUAAAGAUUAAAGUCAUAAUAGAAGACAUCAAUGACCACCAACCUGAGUUUACUCAGAAAGAAAUUACUCUACAUUUUAGGGAAGGAGAUGGUAAAGGUAUGAAGAAACCCAUACCUAAUGCUAUUGACAAAGAUAUGAGUCCAGAAAACAACUUAAUUACUUAUGAAUUAAAAAAAGAUAAUGGACAUUUUUCUUUAUCAGUUUCUAAACAAACUGAUGAAAUAUCAACGUUAAGAAUUAUUUUAGAAGAGAAAUUAGACAGAGAAAAGAAGGACAAUUAUGAUAUUGAAGUCAUUGCUAAAGAUGGAGGAAACCCACCAAAACAAUCUGUUUUAAAUGUGAAAAUAUCUGUGGAAGAUGAAAAUGAUAAUGCACCACAAUUUUCUCAAAGUAUCUACAAUGUCUCUAUUGAACAUAAACAUAAAAAGAAUAUUCCAGUAGUCACAUUAUUAGCCAAUGAUUUAGAUAUUGGCAGGAAUGGUAAAAUAUCAUAUUACUUUGCCAGGAAAACUACUGAGAAAGUGAAGAGACAUUUUAAUUUAGAUGAAAAUACUGGGAAAUUAUAUUUAGCUACAUCUUCAGAAAUUGAUAAAGAAGAGUCUUUUAAAAUAUACAUUGAAGCCAGAGAUGAUGGCACACCUCCUCUGAGUUCCAUAGCAACGGUUAUAGUAAAUGUCAUCAACCAACACAACAAUCCCCCAAAUAUUGAUGUGAAUUUUAUUUCUACACAGAAUCACAACACAGCUACCAUUCUGGAAGACAUCAAAGUUGGUAGUUUCAUUGCUUAUGUGAUGGUCACUGACAACGAUGUUGGACACAAUGGACAGGUGAACUGUCAUAUCAAAGACGACACAUUCAAACUACAGUCAAUGGGAUCGAAGGAAUAUAAAAUAGUUCUAAAGAAAGCAGUAGACAGAGAGACACAGGAACAUUAUCACUUUACUGUGUCGUGUGAAGAUAAAGGAUUACCUGCUCUGAAAACUGAUAAAGAUCUGUCAAUCCAAGUGUUGGAUGUGAAUGAUGUAGAACCACACUUUACGAAAGACACAUUCAAGUUCCUUACCUAUGAGAAUGACAAAGCUAAUUUCCCUAUUGGCUUUAUCAAUGCUACAGACCCAGAUAUUGGUAAGGGAGGUGAAUUGUCUUAUUCUCUGAGAAAUAAACAGCAAUAUCGUCUGCCAUUCCAGAUUAUCAACUCUGGCUUUAUUUCAACAAACCAGUCUUUAGACAGAGAACACAGAGAUUUCUAUGAGUUUGAGGUUUUUGUGAAAGACAAUGGAAGCCCAUCUCUGAAUAACACAGUGAAUGUUGAAGUGGAAGUAUUGGAUAGAAAUGAUAAUGCUCCAUAUUUUACAUUUCCUAGUGUUGACCCUUUCACUCUUAAUGUCCACUAUCAUCCGCAAAGUAAGAACGACAUCACAGUUCUGAAAGCAUCUGAUAUAGACAGUCACAUGAAUGCUUUUCUCAGGUAUGAAAUCGUUUCAGGUAACGAGAGACAGUUAUUUAAACUGGAUUCGUUCACUGGUGUGUUAUCUUACUCUCGCACAGUUUACCAAAAUGAUGCUGGAUCAUAUGAGCUUGAGUUUGUUGUGAAAGACAGUGGUACUCCAGUUCUGUCAGCAACAACUAGUGUGUCUUUGACACUGACUGUUAGUAACAAGACGUCACCAAUGUUCACAGCUGUGCACCUACCAAGUGAUAACACAAUAGAUGCGACAUUGUUGAUUAUCAUUGUAGUAGCAGCUGUGAUAGUAUCUAUAGCUAUUGUGGUUUCUAUAACCCUGUGUAUUGUGAGAUGUAACAAUGUGAGAAAUAGCUCAUCUGAAAGAACAGCAGAAGAGAAACAGGCAUACCAAUGCCGCAAUGAGAUGAGACAGUUGAUCUAUCAAGGUAACAACAGUGUACCUGUGAUGUCAGGUAAUCGAGGAGAGAUGUCAGACAGAUAUGGUCAUUCGAGGAGCCAUUACUAUCCUGAAGACUGGAAGACAGCAACGAUGAACAGAACACUUCAGAAGUCUACAAAGCAGAAAUACAGUCAACCAAUAGAGGUGACAUCUUAUGGAGACAACAGACCAUCUUCUCACUAUCCCACUGACACACUGGCCAGUCGUAAGAGCAGUGGACAGUGCUGGAGUGAGCGGUCAAGUAGACAGUAUGAAGAAAUACCAGCAAUGUCAGGAAUCUAUGGUGGUGCCCCACCCGAUGUAUCAAGCACCAGUGAGAGAGACCAUUACCAAGACAGAUAUGUGAAACCUCCAGAGAGACAGUUACCUUCAACACCAGAUGUUGUUGCCAAUCAACAAUUUAAUAUCAACACUUUAAUACCAUCAAAAGCAGAGAUGUUGUUACACCUGUGUGUUUUGCUGACUUUCUUCCACUGUUCCCUAAGUGAAGAUAUCACAUUCCAUGUUAAAGAGGAGAAUAUUCCUCAUACGUAUGUAGGGGACAUUGCUACUGACUUACAGAAAUCAGACAGCUCCUUCUUAAAGAAUAAGGAUUUGAUUACAUUUAGUCAACUACAACAAAAGGGAGAACAGUUGUUCAAUGUGACGAGAACAGGUAAACUGUACACUGUUGAGACAUUGGAUGCUGAGUCUGUGUGUAGUUAUGAGAAAGAAUGUUUUGAAAUCGUUAAAGUAGCUGUUCACAAAUCCAAGACAUUUAUGAAGAUCUUAAAGAUUAAAGUCAUAAUAGAAGACUUCAAUGACCACCAACCUGAGUUUCCUCAGAAAGAAAUUACUUUGCAGUUUGGUGAAGGUGAUGGUAAAGGUAUGAAGAAAACUAUCCCAGGAGCUAUUGACAAAGAUAUUGGAUACCAGAACAGCUUAAUUACAUAUGAACUAAGAAAUGAUGAUAAAUAUUUUUCCUUAUCAGUCUCCAAAGAAGCUGAUGCAAGGGAUGAAGGCAACCCUCCUCUCAGUUCCAUUGCAACUGUUAUGGUAAAUGUCAUCAAUGAACACAACAAUCCCCCAAAUAUUGAUGUGAAUUUUAUUUCUACACAGAAUCACAACACAGCUACCAUUCUGGAAGACAUCAAAGUUGGUAGUUUCAUUGCUUAUGUGAUGGUCACUGACAAUGAUGUUGGACACAAUGGACAGGUGAACUGUCAUAUCAAAGACGACACAUUCAAACUACAGUCAAUGGGAUCGAAGGAAUAUAAAAUAGUUCUAAAGAAAGCAGUAGACAGAGAGACACAGGAACAUUAUCACUUUACUGUGUCGUGUGAAGAUAAAGGAUUACCUGCUCUGAAAACUGAUAAAGAUCUGUCAAUCCAAGUGUUGGAUGUGAAUGAUGUAGAACCACACUUUACGAAAGACACAUUCAAGUUCCUUACCUAUGAGAAUGACAAAGCUAAUUUCCCUAUUGGCUUUAUCAAUGCUACAGACCCAGAUAUUGGUAAGGGAGGUGAAUUGUCUUAUUCUCUGAGAAAUAAACAGCAAUAUCGUCUGCCAUUCCAGAUUAUCAACUCUGGCUUUAUUUCAACAAAUCAGUCUUUAGACAGAGAACACAGAGAUUUCUAUGAGUUUGAGGUUUUUGUGAAAGACAAUGGAAGCCCAUCUCUGAAUAACACAGUGAAUGUUGAAGUGGAAGUAUUGGAUAGAAAUGAUAAUGCUCCAUAUUUUACAUUUCCUAGUGUUGACCAUUUCACUCUUAAUGUUCACUAUCAUCCGCAAAGUAAGAACGACAUCACAGUUCUGAAAGCAUCUGAUAUAGACAGUCACAUGAAUGCUUUUCUCAGGUAUGAAAUCGUUUCAGGUAACGAGAGACAGUUAUUUAAACUGGACUCGUUCACUGGUGUGUUAUCUUACUCUCGCACAGUUUACCAAAAUGAUGCCGGAUCAUAUGAGCUUGAGUUUGUUGUGAAAGACAGUGGUACUCCAGUUCUGUCAGCAACAACUAGUGUGUCUUUGACACUGACUGUUAGUAACAAGACGUCACCAAUGUUCACAGCUGUGCACCUACCAAGUGAUAACACAAUAGAUGCGACAUUGUUGAUUAUCAUUGUAGUAGCAGCUGUGAUAGUAUCUAUAGCUAUUGUGGUUUCUAUAACCCUGUGUAUUGUGAGAUGUAACAAUGUGAGAAAUAGCUCAUCUGAAAGAACAGCAGAAGAGAAACAGGCAUACCAAUGUCGCAAUGAGAUGAGACAGUUGAUCUAUCAAGGUAACAACAGUGUACCUGUGAUGUCAGGUAAUCGAGGAGAGAUGUCAGACAGAUAUGGUCAUUCGAGGAGCCAUUACUAUCCUGAAGACUGGAAGACAUCAACAAUGAGCAGAUCACUUCAAAAGUCUACAAAGAAAUACAGCCAACCCAUUGAAGUAACAUCUUAUGGAGACAACAGACCGUCUUCUCACUAUCCCACUGACACAUUGAACAGUCGUAAGAGCAGUGGACAGUGCUGGAGUGAGCGGUCAAGUAGACAGUAUGAAGAAAUACCAGCAAUGUCAGGAAUCUAUGGUGGUGCCCCACCCGAUGUAUCAAGCACCAGUGAGAGAGACCAUUACCAAGACAGAUAUGUGAAACCUCCAGAGAGACAGUUACCUUCAACACCAGAUGUUGUUGCCAGCGAUUCCCCUGGUAAAAUAGAGUUUGAUCCAAAAAAUAAAAAUAAAACAAUCAGACAUAGUUUACCAAACUGCAUUAAUAUUUUAACGUUUGUUUCAGAUUUGGUAUUAGAAGCCAUCUUAACAAUGUCUACUAUAUUAACAUCAGGACCAGAGAUGUUGUUACACCUGUGUGUUUUACUGACUUUCUUCCACUGUUCCCGAAGUGAAGACAUCACAUACCAUGUUAAAGAAGAGAAUAGUCCCUACACCUAUGUAGGGGACAUUGCCGCUGACUUACAGAAAUCAGACAGCUCCUUCUUAAAGAAUAAGGAUUUAAUUACAUUUAGUCAACUGCAACAAAAGGGAGAACAAUUGUUCAAUGUGACGAGAACAGGUAAACUGUACACUGUUGAGACAUUGGAUGCUGAGUCUGUGUGUAGUUAUGAGAAAGAAUGUUUUGAAAUCGUUAAAGUUGCUGUUCACAAAUCGAAGACAUUUAUGAAGAUCUUAAAGAUUAAAGUCAUAAUAGAAGACAUCAAUGACCACCAACCUGAGUUUCCAACUGAAGAGGUCAGCAUUCAGUUUUCUGAAACAGAUGGUAAAGGCACGAAAAGAUCAAUAGAAAAUGCUAUUGAUAAAGAUGUUGGAUAUCAGAACAGUUUAAUUAAUUACGAAUUAAAAAACAAUAAAAACCAUUUCUCUUUAUUAGUUUCCAAAAGAGCAGAUGGAAUAUCAACAUUAGGAAUAAUUUUACAAGAUAAAUUAGACAGAGAAACGAAAGACAGCUACAAUAUUGAAGUCAUUGCUAAAGAUGGGGGAACUCCACCAAAACAAUCUGUUUUAAAUGUUAAAAUAUCUGUAGAAGAUGAAAAUGAUAAUGCACCACAAUUUUCCCAAAGUAUCUACAAUGUCUCUAUUGAACAUAAACAUAAGAAGAACAUUCCAGUAGUCACAGUAUCUGCCAGUGAUUUAGACAUUGGCAGGAAUGGUAAAAUAUCUUUCUAUUUCAGUCAGAAAACUGAUGUGAAGAUGAGAAAAUAUUUUCACCUGAAUGAAAAUACAGGAAUGUUAUAUUUAGCUAAAUCGAUAGAAUUUGGAAAAGAAGAGAAUUUUAAAUUAUAUGUGGAAGCCAGGGAUAAUGGUAUUUCCCCUCUCAGUUCUCUGGCAAUCAUUCAAAUAAAUGUCAUCAAUGAACACAACAAUCCUCCAAAUAUUGAUGUGAACUUUAUUUCUACACAGAAUCACAACACAGCUACCAUUCUGGAAGACAUCAAAGUUGGUAGUUUCAUUGCUUAUGUGAUGGUCACUGACAAUGAUGUUGGACACAAUGGACAGGUGAACUGUCAUAUCAAAGACGACACAUUCAAACUACAGUCAAUGGAAUCGAAGGAAUAUAAAAUAGUUCUAAAGAAAGCAGUAGACAGAGAGACACAGGAACAUUAUCACUUUACUGUGUCGUGUGAAGAUAAAGGAUUACCUGCUCUGAAAACUGAUAAAGAUCUGUCAAUCCAAGUGUUGGAUGUGAAUGAUGUAGAACCACACUUUACGAAAGACACAUUCAAGUUCCUUACCUAUGAGAAUGACAAAGCUAAUUUCCCUAUUGGCUUUAUCAAUGCUACAGACCCAGAUAUUGGUAAGGGAGGUGAAUUGUCUUAUUCUCUGAGAAAUAAACAGCAAUAUCGUCUGCCAUUCCAGAUUAUCAACUCUGGCUUUAUUUCAACAAACCAGUCUUUAGACAGAGAACACAGAGAUUUCUAUGAGUUUGAGGUUUUUGUGAAAGACAAUGGAAGCCCAUCUCUGAAUAACACAGUGAAUGUUGAAGUGGAAGUAUUGGAUAGAAAUGAUAAUGCUCCAUAUUUUACAUUUCCUAGUGUUGACCCUUUCACUCUUAAUGUCCACUAUCAUCCACAAAGUAAGAACGACAUCACAGUUCUGAAAGCAUCUGAUAUAGACAGUCACAUGAAUGCUUUUCUCAGGUAUGAAAUCGUUUCAGGUAACGAGAGACAGUUAUUUAAACUGGACUCUUUCACUGGUGUGUUAUCUUACUCUCGCACAGUUUACCAAAAUGAUGCCGGAUCAUAUGAGCUUGAGUUUGUUGUGAAAGACAGUGGUACUCCAGUUCUGUCGGCAACAACUAGUGUGUCUUUGACACUGACUGUUAGUAACAAGACGUCACCAAUGUUCACAGCUGUGCACCUACCAAGUGAUAACACAAUAGAUGCUACAUUGUUGAUUAUCAUUGUAGUAGCAGCUGUGAUAGUAUCUAUAGCUAUUGUGGUUUCUAUAACCCUGUGUAUUGUGAGAUGUAACAAUGUGAGAAAUAGCUCAUCUGAAAGAACAGCAGAAGAGAAACAGGCAUACCAAUGUCGCAAUGAGAUGAGACAGUUGAUCUAUCAAGGUAACAAUAGUGUACCUGUGAUGUCAGGUAAUCGAGGAGAGAUGUCGGACAGAUAUGGUCAUUCGAGGAGCCAUUACUAUCCUGAAGACUGGAAGACAUCAACAAUGAGCAGAUCACUUCAAAAGUCUACAAAGCAAAAAUACAGUCAACCCAUUGAGGUGACAUCUUAUGGAGACAACAGACCAUCUUCUCACUAUCCCACUGACACAUUGACCAGUCGUAAGAGCAGUGGACAGUGCUGGAGUGAGCGGUCAAGCAGACAGUAUGAAGAAAUACCAGCAAUGUCAGGAAUCUAUGGUGGUGCCCCACCCGAUGUAUCAAGCACCAGUGAGAGAGACCAUUACCAAGACAGAUAUGUGAAACCUCCAGAGAGACAGUUACCUUCAACACCAGAUGUUGUUGCCAGUUAAGUUAACACAACAGAAAUAAUAUCACCUUCAACAUUCACACAACAUUUAAAACAGCAGAAAUAUAUUAGUUACAUCAUGAUAUUGCUUUCAUAUGACUGAAUUCCUUUCUAUGCAUUUCAAACUUUACAUGUUAUAAAUAAAUCUUUGGAAGGUUUUUACAGAU